UGCUGGGAUGGUGUUCCCGUCCGAGCUCCAGACGCCCGGGAGUGACUUGACUGCCAACUACUGGAAAAUCUGCGAGUUUUCCCGAGCAUAUUUUCAACCUGGAAAACCUCACACCCUGCGUCCCCUAACGUAAUUCCCUCGACAGAGCUCCGAAAGGGUCAAUUGGCAGCCAUUGUCAACCCGCGCACUGUCCUUUCCAUCGUUCGCUCCCUCUCGAAAGCAGUCGCGCAAUCCAGGCAAUUGUCCACAAUGUCUUCCUCCUCAGGAGUUAACGUGCUGAGAUACACGGCCCUCGGCCUGGGUGUGUUCUACGGCUUCACACAUCAGCGAUCGAUCACAGCAAGCCAGAAGGCUGCCGCUGCCACGAAGGAGUACGAGCGCAAGCAGAAGUUGAUCGACCAAGCCAAGGCCGAGUUUGCAAAGAAGAGCCAGCCCGUCGCGACGGCGGCUGCUGAUGCUGGAGCCAACGUCGACCCAAUGGACCCCAAGUUUGACCUUGAGGCCUACUUCAACAACCUGGUGAAGCAGAACCCGUAGACUGGAUAACGAGUGGGGGAGGGGACGGCUUGCACAACGGAUAGACAGGGUCAGGAUUGGGGAUACGCCUGCUCGCGGAGAACACGAAGAGUCUUAACAAGGGACGAAUAAUCUGGUCUUUCGGCAGCAGUAGGUGCAUGGUAGGCACCACGACCGAUGUCACCGCAUAGACAUUUCCUUACGUCUGUUUACCGGAUGUACAUGUGUACAAUAUGCUCAACUAGAUGACAAUUCCAAGGAACGAGCCAUUGGAUUCCAUC